AUGGUAAGUGAUAACUAUCCAACGAUAAUAUCUAUAAAUGAACUAGGUACAGUUAUCCCAAACAAAUUAAUCAAACGGCUUCUUUUUUCUUACAAUGUUUACACCAAAGAAGGAACAAAUUCACACGGUGGAGCAGUACUAGCAGUAGAUAAAAAAUUGAAAUGUCACCAAUUAGAUAUUAAGGAGCCGAAUAUUAUAGCAGUCCAAACCCUCAUUAAUGAUAAGGAAUUUGUUAUUGCAAGCAUUUACUCGCCGCCAGCUGAGAAAUUACCAAUAUCAGCAAUGACAACAUUACUUAAUCAAGGAAAAAACAUCUUAUUAAUAGGAGAUUUAAACGCCAAGCAUCAGGACUGGGGCUGCCCAGACCAGCAGGUGAAUCCAAAAGGACGAGUACUGGC